AUGGUAACCACAGGUUUAUUUUUUUCAACUGUUCUGUUUUGUCUUCCAGGGUUUGGCAUGACCACGCCAGCCACCGUUGGAGGCAAAAUCUUUCUGAUAUUUUACGGCCUUAUAGGAUGUGCAGGGACUAUUUUGUUCUUCAACCUGUUCCUGGAGCGCUUGAUCACUGUCAUAGCCUAUGUCAUGAAGUCCUGCCAUGAGAAACAGCUGAGGAGGAAAGGGGUCCUCCCUCACAACGGCCGCCGGGGCUCGGGGAGCUCUGAGGUGGACAGCCUGGCAGGCUGGAAGCCCUCCGUGUACUAUGUCAUGCUGAUUUUAUGUGUAGCAUCGCUCAUCAUAUCCUGUUGUGCCUCUGCAAUGUACACACCAAUUGAAGGGUGGAGUUACUUUGACUCGCUUUACUUCUGCUUCGUGGCCUUCAGCACCAUUGGUUUCGGUGAUCUGGUCAGUAGCCAGAAUAUCAAGUAUGAGAGCCAAGGCCUUUACCGCUUUGGCAAUUUUGUCUUCAUACUCAUGGGGGUGUGCUGCAUCUAUUCCUUAUUUAAUGUAAUCUCUAUUGUCAUCAAACAGUCCAUAAACUGGAUAUUAAAGAAGCUGGACUGCAGGUGCUGCCACAGAUGCCAAAGAAAAUUAUUUCGUUCGCGGAGGAACGUGGUAAUGCCAGGCAAUGUCCGCAGCCGGAGAAACAUCUCCAUCGAGACUGAUGUUGUCAACGAGAGCGACACAGAUGGACGCCGGCUGUCGGGCGAGAUGAUCUCCAUGAAAGACUUCCUGGCCUCCAAUAAAGUCUCCCUGGCCAUCAUGCAGAAACAGCUGUCGGAAACGGCUAAUGGCUACCCAAGGCAAAUGAGCUCUAAUUCAAAGCAAAAUGGAUUCUCUGGUGGGGUUGGAGCCCUAGCAAUUAUGAAUAACAGACUGGCAGAGACAAGUGUGGAUAGGUGA